AUGACAAGUAGUUCAGACUCACCAGGUUCUCACUUAUCCCCCAAAACAAGAAGUUCUAAAAUAGAUUGCAACUUCUUGAAGGAAUUGAAUGAGGACUUAAAACUAAGAAAACUGGAACUUCUAGAGCUGCUAACACCGCUUGAAGAUAAGAACAACCCCUUAUUCCAAAAGUUAAUGUCUAACUUAGAGGAAAAACAAAGAAGUCUGCAGAUUAUGAGACAGAUCAUGGCAGGGAAGGGGAGUGAAGAAUCCUCAGCUCUGGAGAUCAUUAAGGAAGCAGAGGACAUGAAGCAGAAUCUAGAAAGGAAAAACAAGAUGCUACGGAAAGAAAUGGAGAUGCUAUGGAACAAGACAUUCAACACAGAAGAAAUCAGUGAUCAACAAAAAGCACCACAGAUAAAAAACAAAGCAAACGUGCAGGAUGGAAAGGCUCCUGAAACCCCCUUAUCACCUAGGAAGAUCAAGAGUGAAUUGGAGAUAUCAUAUGCAGAGAAACUGAAGGAGAUAGGGAAGGAAAAGCAACAGAGGAAAACAGAAUGGGUGAGGUACCAGGAACAAGCCAACAACCUUCAGAAUGACUUUAAUGGAAAAGUGAUUGAGCUCAGAAUUGAAGCCUUGAAGAACUACCAGAAGGCCAAUGAUCUGAAAUUAUCACUAUACUUACAUCAGAAUUUUGAGCCAAAGCAAGCAUUUUUAAAUCUUCCUGGGCCCCAAGAAGGUACUGUGGGCACUACAACUAUGGGCAGAGCAACUAAGGGCAAAAAUGAAUCUAAUGUGAGAGUCCUGGGAUCUAAGACCUACACAGAACAAGGAAUUAAAGGAAGUCAGUUUGAUGAUGUAGGAGGGAGGCUCUUUUUUCUGUGGUCACUGACAGAUGAAUCUCUGAAGAUUUCGAAGGCUUCCACUCCAUUUGCUUGGACAGAUUUAAAGACUAAGCAUAGCCAUUUGUGUCCAUUAAAAUCUCUCAAACCUUUGCUUUAG